AUGGAGGAAGUUCAUGGAGUUCUGAAUUUGCCGAAAGGUCUACCCUGUGAUAUUACGCCAAGAGAACGGGACGACGCAGUUGCCAUGGUGCUGUGGUUCAAGGAAACCAUCGGAGAACCUCUGUACAGUUUCGACGUGCGGGGGAGGCAGUUCACGAAGGCGAAACUGUGGUCGUCCCCAAAUUUUUUCGGGCCUCGGGCGUACUUCAGGACGACGACGACGCCGGCCACCUUAGUCAUAGACAAAAUUCAAUUAGACGACGAGGGCAUCUACCGGUGCCGCGUCGAUUACAAGAACUCCCCCACCAGAAACAGCAAAGUCAACUUCACUGUUAUCGUGCCUCCAGAAUCCAUUCGUAUUUUCGACGAUCACCGGGUGGAUAAAUCAAUACUGUUAGGGCCGUAUAACGAGGGAACCGAUGUAAAUCUUUUAUGUGAAGUUAAAGGAGGGCGGCCGCGGCCGAGGGUGAUCUGGUUUCUAGAGAACACCGUAAUCGACGAUUCCUACGAGAUAAGGAACGACGGCACCGUCGUCAAUCAUGUUACAUUCGCGAAUGUUGGUAGACAACAUUUGCACGCAAGACUGAUUUGCCAGGCCAGCAACAAUAACCUCACCCAGCCCGAGACGAAGGUGGCUGUUUUAGACAUUAAUUUAAAGCCCAAAUCUGUGAAUAUCAUCACCCAGGAGAAGUACGUAUCAGCGGACAAGAGAUACGAAGUCGAAUGUCGGACGUCAGGGUCACGACCAGACGCCGUCAUCACGUGGUGGAAGGGCAGCAGACCUGUCAAGCGAUUGGCAAAAAACUUCUCGGAGCAGAACAAUCAGAGCCUGAGCAUUUUGACGUUCGUCCCAGUGAUCGAUGACGACGGCAAAUACUUGACCUGUCGAGCGGAGAACCCGUCCAUUCCCGAUAGCGCGCUCGAGGACAAGUGGAGAUUAAAUGUCCAUUAUAUUCCCGUGGUUACAUUAAAAAUGGGAUCAACGCUUAACCCCGACGAUAUUAAAGAAGGCGAUGAUGUAUAUUUUGAGUGUAAUGUUCGGUCCAACCCCAAAGCGCACAAGCUUUCAUGGUACCAUAAUGGUGUGGAAAUAUUCCAAAACGUCACAGCCGGCAUCAUAAUGAGUGACCAGAGUCUAGUCCUCCAAAACGUAGUCCGAUCCACGGCUGGAGAGUACACCUGCGUAGCUGUCAAUCUUGAAGGGAGGGGAACCAGCAACCCAGUUAAGCUCGUGGUUAGAUACAUCCCCGUGUGCAUCCAGGAGCGCGAGGAGCUCUACGGGGCGCUGAAGCAGGAGACCGUGACACUCCGGUGCCAGGUCGACGCCAACCCCGCCGUGGUGACCUUCCACUGGACGUUCAACAACUCCGGGGACCAGACCGACGUUCCGGCCAACAGGUUCACCAACGAGGUCACCUCCUCCCGCCUCAAUUACACCCCCGUCUCGGACCUCGACUACGGCACCCUGCUCUGCUACGGAGUCAACGAGGUGGGCCGUCAGAAGGACCCCUGCGUCUUCCAGGUCGUCAUUGCAGGACGGCCGUCGCAGCUUCAGAACUGCACGCUGAUAAACCAAACUUCGAACUCGCUCCAAGUGGACUGCACGGAGGGGUUCGACGGGGGACUUCCGCAAAGUUUCCUCAUGGAGGUGCUCGAGCUGCCCAGCCUGCGACCGAGACUCAACCUGACCACUUACAGGACGCCGCCCUCCUUCGCGGCGAACGGAUUAGACGCCGGGGCCAGCUACCGGAUCAUGCUCUACGCCGUCAACGCCAAGGGGCGCAGCGAACCCACCAUUAUAGACCCCGUCACCUUCAAGGGUGUCGCCAAAUUGCAGG